GUCCGGAUUCGGACAGGCCAGCCAACCGGUGGAGUCGAGCAUGAAGCGCGAGCUGUGGAGCCAUGCGCUGCCAAACGAGCCGACGACGGUCGUCGAGCUAGGCAUGAGCCAGCGCCUCGUACAUGCGUCGCCAGACGCAAUUCCGUCGACGUCGGUGCCGUUGCUUAAUGCACCGAGCGCGGUCGUUGGCUUCGAAGCCGUCGGCGCGCCGCGGGUCUUCUUCCGCAACGUGGCCGCGUACCCGUUGAAGCGACCCGACACGAACCGCGACUGGUACAGCAUGGAUCGACACGCCAACUACGUUCAGAACUGGGCCGCACGGCAGCUCUCGACCUUUGACAAGCGCUUCAAGGACAACCUCUCGCAGCUGCACCCGGAGACCCGCGACCAUAUCGAGACCGAGAUCCUGAACGGCCGCGCCAACAGCGCCCUCCGCAGCGCGCGCCAGGGCAACACUCUCGCAACGCACACGACGAGUGCGCACCAGGUUUUGUGGACGCCGGCAGGCGAGCUCAUGCAGCACAUCCAGAGCUUUCGGCGCGAGUCGCAGCCAAGCCAUCGAUCCAAGGCCAAGCGGUGGAUACGCUACGCACCAACGACUUCGACGACGAAUCCGAUCCGGCAGCUCGAGGCGCUCGGCGACCCCAACGUCCCGGCCGUCGUCGCCCGUGGAGACGCCAACGCCACCAUUGCAGCGCUCUCGUCGGUGGACAACAGCGUUCAAAUCGUCGAGACGCUGCGCUUCAACCACUUGCUCGAACACGUCGCUUGCAGUCCGCACGCGCUGGGCGAAGCCAUGUUCAUCGUGCAAAACCGCGAGUUCCUUCUGUGGACGCCAGAAGGCGGCUUGCGCUCGAUGGGGCCGCCCGUGCAGGAGCAGUGGACGCGCGCCGUGUACAGCAGUCAUCCCUGUGUGCUCUGGGUGGCCGCGACCGACACGAUUGGGACGCUGGACACGCGGCAAGCGUCGCCCGCCUGCUUCAAUCGCAACUGGAUCUACAACUCACACGGCGCGACGACCAUCUACGACGUCAAGCGGCACCCGAGGUACACACGUACGUACCAGUACGUGGUGCGCACGGGGCUCUCGCUCGAGGUGUUUGAUACGCGCAGCAGCAGUCGGUCGGUCGUACACUGGUCGCACACGGGGCUUUUCCCGGAAGCGAGCGUUCGCUGCAACAUCAAGGAACCGAUGAGUGGACCUUUGGAUAUUGUCGACGUCUCGUCCGGCGCCAAGAACCAAGCGCUCUUGCUCUCGGGCACGUCGGUCCUCAACAAGGUGACGGUGCACAGCUACCACGUUGCGUCAUCGCACCCGAGUGGCAGCGAAGUGUUGCGGCCGCUUCUGGCGUCGUCGCUCUCUUCGCAGAGCCAAGUAGGCGUCGACAUGGCGCCUUUCGAUGUCCACUUGCCCGACACAAGUCCGUCCUUGCACUUGGUCGGUGUUGCAGGCCUUCUCAACGCGUUUGGCUCGGUGAAGCACGGCGCAUCUUGCGUCGACGUCUUCCAAGUGAGCUCGACGGGCGACGUCUUUUGCCAGACACUGAUGGCUUCCGAUGCCGCAGAAGCCGCCGUGCAAGCCGAGCUGCCGUGCGGUAUGGCGGUGCGCGCGACCGACCGCGACGCGUCGCUGCCGAUUGCUUUCAGCGCGUUCCUUCCCGAGCACGACGCGGAGAACCGGCUUGCGCACGUGCGCAUCGAUCAAGAGAAGCUCCGGGCCGCUUUGGUCGCCCGCUCCAAGGAGCUCAGCCCAACGAUAUCGCCCAGCGACGACCUGCUUUCUCUCGCGGUGCUACGCCGCCACUUUCGCGUGGUCAAGCCGUCGUGCACUCUCCGGACGCUGCGGGACACGUGGGUCGAUCUGCCCAAAGUGCACGUUCUGCUUGCGUCGUUGCGGGCUUCCAACGGCUUUCACCUCCAGUACGUGCACCCGCACAACCGCGGCCCCCACACGCGGGUGCGAGUGCGUUCAGCCGCAGAUGGCGAGGCCGACGUCAAACCGUCGCUGGCAGCAUGCCACUGCACCAAGAUGGGCGAUGCCUUGGAGCCGUGCUCGGGCGACAACUGCGUCCUGCUGGACGCGAUCGUGGUGCGCCGCCAGUACCACGACAGCGUCAAGCACGAAGAUGGUGGCGUCGUUGCCUUUGGCAUUCCGACGAGAACCAAGUGCGACGAGAAGAAGGUGACGACCAACGUCAACGGCCACGACUUUGUAAUCGCGGACCUCCGCGCUGUGUACGGCCGCCUCCCAGACCCUGCUUCGCAGUACGACUCCCAGUACGACUAAGCCUGCAAUAGAAUAGCUACCACCAAGCGUUGGACCUU